AUGGAGGCGUUGUCUGAGGCAGUGGAGAAGGUUGACAGCUCACAGAAGCCGGAAGAGCAGAAGCCGGAAGAGCCGCCGAAGCUGAAUGCAAGCAUCGACGAUGAGGACGAUUUGAGUCGCCGUUUGGCUUCCGGACUCCAUGGCAAGCAGACGGAAAUCUUUUCGGCUGCAAUGGAUACUGGCCACCCAGCCCAGAGUGAAAUUCUUCGCCAGGCGUUCCCUCACGUCAUCAUCCCACAGCCCCUGGCUGACCAGCUGGGGAAGAUGGAAGCAUUUGAGUUGCAGCAGCUUGUGACCAAGGCCGCUGCACGUCGGGACAGGUAUGUGCACUUGCGAGUGGCCGAUGCUUCCUCAGAGGAUUUGGGAGAUAUCAUCAAGGACGCCAAGGCUUCCUUGCCCCAUGGACAUCUGCUGUUUCUGGACGGCAAGAACUUCGGGCAGGGACUCUGCCAAGGUGUACCGCUAACCCUGCUGAGAAGCUGCUGGGGCACCAUCCUGGAGGCGAGUGAGAAGAAUGAGGCCAUGGUUCUACGGGACAACGACAUCUUCAUCACUCUGGAUGGCCGGUGCAGUAAGAUGGAUUCGCAGUACAAGCGCGAAACGGCCAAGAAGCUCAAAGAGCUUGGGUCGUCGGUGUGCAAGCGGAAGGGCCAGAUCAAUAUCCGUAUGCUUUACCAUAUGAGAGAGCUGACCGGCCAGGGCCAUCUCAACUUCGCCAACCGAGCUCGCCGCAAAGUCAAAGUCCACAGCCAGCUGCCCGAGCCCCUCGAGAACUUGUAUAUCCUCAAAACCAGAUUGACCCAGCUUCCGGUUCGCAGUCGGCAGUUCAUCGAUCUGCCUGGUGAUAUCAGUUCUCGGGCAAUGGCAUCUGUGCCGCGAGACGAUGAAUUUAUUGCUGAUGAUGAGGUUUCGAUGUGCCGUGUCAGUGAAGAGGAUUACAAGUCCUUGCUUGAGACCUUCGGGGCCAUGGGGAAGCCACAGCAAGGUGGGGACAAUGGCAAUGCUGAGCCAGCAGACCUGAACGAUCCGCAGGAGGACGAAGAGCAGCAGGAGGGCGAUUUGGCAGAGCCUGACUCUGGGCAUGACACAACCCUCGACAGCGAGGGGCAGCCGCUGUGGCCGAUGGGGGCUUCCGAGAAGGUGAACAGGGAGCUCCUGAACCUCUUCGCGGUCGGAGAGGAUGACAUCAAAAAGCGGGUGGUUCUUGAUAUCUUUCCGGGGUCGGGCUCUAUGGCGCUCGCCUCCUGUCGUCAUCAGCACCGCUACCUUGGACUUCCAAGCUCACCAUUGCACAGAGACAUCAUCAUGGAGAGUCUGCUCCUCCACAUCUGCAAAGAAAUGAUGAAUGGCGUACGGGAUGGAUUUGAAAGUCGGCUCCGCGAAACCCCGGCAGCUCCAGCUGAGGAGCAGAUGACAGAGACGAAGACGAUGGACACUGAGUCGUCUGCCGCGGCCACACAGCAGCCUGGCGAGAUGGGGUCUGCCGAAGCAGCUCAGGCGGAGAUCAACAAGGAUGAAAAGCCGAAGAAAAAUAAGCCUGACAAGAAGAGGAAGAAGAAGAAGCAGACUUCCUCUUCAUAUUCCUCAUAUGGCGAGUCCUCUGAGGAGGCGUGA